AGGGAUCGGCGGGCGGCGGUGCCGUCCGACGUGCGCGGCGCCGACCUGGAGCGGCAGAUGACGCCCGGCACCUCGAUGCGCAGGGCCUGGAAGCUCGCCGCGGCGGGCGCGCGGAAGGGGGACGUGGAGGCCAAGCGGCGCGCCAACUUCGCCUGGAGGCAGCUCCACCGAAGCGGCGACGUGUCGCGGAGGCGGCAGCACGACAUCUCGGCGGCUCGCCGCCGAGCAUCGCCCACCUCCCGGCUUACAGCAUCUGCGGGGCGAGCCACGCUGACAUGGAGAGUUUGGUGCCAGUCGGGCCCGAGCAGGAGAAGCUCCCGUGUCUGCUGCAGCGCGUCACGGCGCGGUCCAGGAGCGCCUCCAAGAGCAGUGGCUUCUCGAGCCAGGCCAGCGGAAGUCGUUUUUGGCCCGCCGCUCUGUCGUCCAUCUGCGUUGGGGCCGCGGUGGUGGUGCCGUACAUCUCAUUUCUCAGCUGCGAUCCGGGCGGCGUGCUGUUCUUCAGCUUCAUCGUGCACGUGACGGUCGUGGUCAUGCACUUGCCCGCCGCUGGCGCGCUCGUGCGGAGGAGGCGGAUCCCGAUGCCGUACCACGCCUCCAUGGCGGUGCUGUGGUGCCUCUUCACCACGCUCAAGUCCGACGCCCUCGUGCGGAUGCCCCCGUCCCUCUGCGUGCUGCUGAGCAACAUGAGGAUGCUGGUCGGGAUGGUGGUGCAGGCGUCCCUCUUCGGCAAGCGCUUCUCCCGCUCACAGGUGCUCGGCGCGGCCAUCGCCACCGCGGGCAUCGCCACCGCGGGCAGCUCGAUGCAGCAGGCCAGCGCGCCCGCAGCAGGCGGCGGGUCCGCGAUCUCGGCGAGCUUCUGGAUCGGGCUGGCGGAGAUGCUGGGGUCCUCGCUCUGCUUGUCGCUGUACAGCUCCACCAUCAAGAUCGCCUUCUCCACAUACGGUGAGAGCAUCGAGGAACAGGUCUUCGUGACACACCUGUGCGCGCUGCUGGUCGUCUUCCCCAGCCAGUGGGAGAAGGUGGGCCCCAGGUUCGCAGGUGUGGCAGCGGGCACGUUGGACUGGGGCCUCCUGUCCAACUUGGUGGCCGGCGUCUUCUUCAACGUGCUGUCCAGACGCGCCAGCGCGAGGCUGGCGGGCCGGGCGCCCAACCUGCUGACGGCGCAGCUGGUACAGACGGUGGACGGCUUCGUGCAGCUGCUGCUGGCCUCCAUGCUGAACGCGCCGCCCUACCCGCCGGCCGGCUUCUGGGGCGGCGCGGCGGUGCUCGUGUUGGGCACGCUGCAGUACUUGCGCGCCUCCGGCGCGCCGCCCGCCCCGCCGUCCGAGGGCAGCUCGCCGGCGGCGUCGGAGGACGAGGAGGCCCCCCUGGCGCCCGUGGACCUGCUGGGCACCCCGCUGCGGUCCGCCUGGGCCGUGGCCACGGUGGCGGCCAGGAGCUGCGGCGAGGGCUCCAUCGCCGCGGCGCGGCGCGAGAACCGCGCCUGGCGGAGGAUGCGCAUGGAGGAGCGGGCCCUGCAGCUGCGCGCCACGAGCAGGCCGUUGGCGCCGCCCCGCGCCCCCGGUGGACCGCCUGCGCUCCCCCGCGCGGCGGGCAGGCAGCAGGCGCUCGCCCGCGCGGCGGGGCAGGCGGGCCAGGCGGCGCCGCGCGCCGAGUAGCUGGCGCGGCCGCGCGGGCCGCGACGGUCUCCGCUCUGCGGCCGGCUGGCCGUCCGCGCUGGCGGGGGUGGCCAAAGCCGGAGGUCAGUGCAGGAAGGAAGGGGAGCGUGAGGAGGAUCAGUUAGCAGCUCGCAUUCCACCAUGCAUUCCGGGGCGCCCCCUGAAGGGUCUCCUGCAUGCCUUACAGACAAUAUGUUCCUAUGGUUUGUCAACGCUCCUUCACAUGUUUGCCGGCCUGAAUCAGGCUCUUCCUGUGGGCUGCUGCCACCCGCGCCAAAUUUUAUGUAGUGUAUGUUUGCUCUGCGAUGGAGCAGCUCGCUGCCAGCACCCAUUGUCUUUGUGAGAAAAUCCAUGCUGGAUCUAAGGUUGCCGCAAGACCUUGGGAGAUGUUCCAUCACAGGUCUAGAGGAGUGGUGGCAGGCGACCGUCGUCAUAGCCUCUGCGCUCCCAGCCAGCGUCCAGCCAAAAAGAGCCAAGGGCAUGUUCCCCAGAUGCAUGUUUCGACAUCGGGUUCCUUGUUUUGCCUUCUCAUCGCUACGCUUUAUCCGACCAGUCCCGCGGCGAUGACAUGUUGUUUCGUAUGUGUUCGCGUAUGCACGGGCUCUGACGGCACGCCGAAGACGCGCUCUUCCGAGCGCGCUCGCAUAUGUGUAGGGCCCCUCAUUUUCCAGAGGCGGACGGUCGCUUCCCGCUUGUUGGAUCGGCUUUCGAUUGACACAGAUGUCCGAGUGAAUUUGUGUCCCGGGCAUCCUUGUGUACAUACGCCUACCGACGCGGCGUGGGAAGCGAAACGCCGCGGCGUGCUCCCCAUACACCUCGCUCUGCUCUUGCUUCUGCUGGUCCUGCUCUCUUUCCUCUUCCUACAUCCUGCGGUAGAAACGGUGGAUGGGGUGGAGAACGAACAAUGGCAUCCACUGUGCUGGUUGCAUGUUGGUGCUUCUUUUCGUCCGUGGUCUUUGGGAUUGCCGUGCUGCAGGGCGGCCGUUGCAGUCUUCAGAUCCGCAAGCAGGAGCGCCUACAAGCGGUCGCUCCUGUUUGGGUGGCAUGCCCGGCAGCUUGCCCCUCAGCACGCCGCCGUGGCUUCUGUGCAAUCUUUCCGCCUGCACGCUCCUCUUCCGCUCCCGCGCGCACGCGCUGGCCGAGAAGAGGAGCCCGGAGACGUGGUGUUCGCGCCGUGGUGCGGGAAGCGUGGCCC